ACGCGUCGAGGAGAGAUGCACUCGCGGGGAAAUAUAUUCGGUUUGAUAACAAUGCAGUAAACACCUUGCUGAUUCGAAACAUUUUCUCGGCAUCGAACGGCAAAUCGCUUGGUUUCUUGGGAGAUUUCAAACAGCGCGUUUUAUCAGGCACAGUAUUUCCUAAUGACAGCCCCUAACUAUCGGAUCGAUAAUAAUUCGCAAUAACAGUAUGCGUGUAGUAUACCGCUUCAUUCAUUUCUCAAUCAGAGCAGUCAGAAAAAGCAUUGAGUGGAUCUAGGGCACAUUAUAUUUUGUAAUGUCAUUGCUCUAAUAGUGAGAAGAUAUAGGGAAUUGAAGGGAUUGCUUCUAGUUAAAACAGUUCCGACGAAAUUAUACGUUUUAUCUUGUAGAGCCGUUCUAUUGGGUGUACUCGUGUAUCACUGUGAUUUUUCCCACGAGAGUGGUAUUUUUUUUUGACUGAAUAUUUCAUAAACUCUAAUAAUAGGGAGACGAUUUAAGUAGCUAAACUCACCGAUCGUCGUCGGAGGCAACGGUGCUCGCUGGUCCAUUCAGCGUAGGAGAACGAGAGAAAGAGAAGAUAGGACGCAAGAAUUGUUGGUCCACGUUACAUACAUAUGUAUUCUGUCGAUGAGAAGAGGUAGAACGUGAUCAUCAACAGCAUCAGUGCGGACAGACAAUCUUCAGCUACAGUUGCAGCAACUUGUGAUCCAACAAUCAGUAUUAUUUAUUUGUGGAUUUUGUGCAGAAAGCCAGCCUCGUCAAGUUUGCAAUCAUGCUAUUCAUGUGCCACCAGAUGGCGAUGGAGCAUGAGAACAAAUUGAAGGAAAAGACAGCUGUUGGCAGUGGCGUUAGUGCAUCCACCCCUCAGACGCCUGAUGAAACCAUGCGUGACGCCAACGUGCCAAUUAUCUGGGUUCUCGGCGGACCAGGUUGUGGCAAAGGCACGCAGUGCGAAAAGAUCGUCUCCAAGUACAACUUUUCCCACUUCAGCACUGGCGAUCUGCUGCGCGAUGAGGUUGCCUCUGGCUCGGAUAAGGGCAAGGAACUGCAGGAAAUGAUGAAGAAGGGUAUGCUGGUGCCGAACGAGACCGUGCUGAAGCUGCUUGAGGCUGCCAUGACGAAGGUUGUGGGCAGUACCGUUGGUUUUCUGAUUGAUGGAUACCCUCGUGAGCCAUCCCAGGGAGUGGAUUUCGAGAAACUCAUCGCCCCGGUGGAUAUCAUUCUAUACUUUGAGUGCUCAAACGAAACACUGGUUGCUAGAAUCCUGCACCGAGCGGCGCAAUCGGCUACGGUUCGUGCUGAUGACAACGAGGAAACGCUCAAAACUCGCAUCGCUACUUUCCGUGAGAACACCGAGAAGAUCCUGGUUCAAUACCCGCAACAGUUGAGAAGGAUCAACGCGGAACGAGCUCCCGAGGAGAUUUUCGCCGAUGUUGAAAAAUCCAUUGACGAGCUGCUGGCCAAAAAGGGCAAAAAGGCCUAGGUUUCAUUUCGGGGAAUAAACGACACUAACACGGGUGCUGCUGAAACACAAUUUUGAAGCUUAAAAUAAUUCAAUAAAACUAUUUUCUGUAUUCAAAAUUCUCUGGGUUAGAGCGAUUUCAGCUACCACUGCAACCAUCGAUUACGCUUUCUAAGGGUGAACUGUUCCAAAGGGGAACGGCUGCCGACAAAGUCACGACUAUAACAAUAACUUUUUAGCGUAGCAAAAUAUUAGUGGAAAAAAUACGAAUUAUUAAUUAUUUAUUAUUCUGGCUCUAUAUGUAAUUUAUAACGUUCAUUAAGGUUAAAAAACAACCAAAGAUUCUAUAUUUAUGUAUCUUAGUAGAUUUAAUAAACUGUUCAAACGCA